AUGUCAUGGCCGGGAAAUGUUCAGCGGCCUUCAGGUCCGCCAGGCGCGAACAGGCGAAACAGGACCAACAGAAUAGCGUCUUUGACUCAUAGAGAUGCUCUGUCACGACCGCCAAAUAUCCGCCGGACAUCUGUCUCUGGCCUGACUUCUGGCGCACCGAAGACACAGCGAACAUCGAAAACAUCCCAGAAGCUGGUUGUACUGCCCUCUGCGCCGCAAACGAGGCCACUUCCUACCGCUGAUGAUGAAGACCUGAAGUUUGGAUAUGAAACCGAUGCCGGUAUCCGAGAGUACAAAAGCCAGGCCGAGCGGAUGAACAAGGACCAGCGGGAGCGUGCAGGCUUCAAGAGAAUAACGGCGUAUUGUGUGGCAGAAUCGUUUAGAAUGAAAUUGCUGGCUUCAUUUGUUAAACGAGAACACAACGUCUCACCCAGAAUAUUUGAUGAAGCCGUAUAUUGCAUGUAUCACCUUCCCCUACUGCCCGGCUACGGUCCCGGCUCUAAUUUCCGAUCAUCUAUACCCGUUCCUUCGACGAGUGGCAAAUCAUUGCUGACUCGACUGUCGGAGGCAGAAGAGAAUGGAUACCAGGGGACAUACUUCAACGCGGAAGUCGGGAAAGCACCAACAACUGAUGGGUAUAUCAGCUCUUCGCCUGUGCAGAAUCGACGAACACCUUCGAGUGCCCCCGACACUCCCGAACAUGAAAUACCCGCAUCUGCCUCAGAACUGGAACCUAUGACAGCUUCUUCGGAAACGGAGGCUGAGACGGAGGCGGAAACAGAGAGAGCUUGGACGCCUCCACGCCCCACACCAUCACCCAUGAGACCCCCAGAGGAAGAGGUAGCAGAAGUCGUUUUCUUUGAAUACGGUGUUGCCGUGUUCUUUGGCCUAACAGAAGAACAGGAGAAAGGUAUAUUGGAGGAUAUUGAAGGCGCAGGCGUUGUCCGACGGAAAAUUGCUGAAGAAGACUGGGAAGUGGAAGCUUGCCAUUUCACCCACGAUCCACAAGUCACGUACCCGCGCAUAUAUAACGAUUUUUUCACCCUUAAAUCGCGAUCCCACCUGCUAAAGCUUUCCAUCGCACACGCGCUCGCCCAGUCAACUCUACUAGCUCAUUAUGAGUCCGAGGCGCGCCGAGUUCUAAUGUCGCCUAAAGCAAUGGCGAUUCCAAAACAACUCGCAACAUCUGGUGCCCUGCAGCUGCGGCGUCAUGAAGCGCUGAAGCUCACCGGUAGCUUGUUCAAAUUGAGGAGGGAUGUUAACCUUGUGUCUAAUGUCCUCGACGUACCGGAAUUGUUUUGGAGUGAGGCCAGUUUGAAGGAACUCUACGACGCUGUCCGAGACUACAUGGAAAUCAAACCGAGAGUACAAGUUCUAAACGAGAAGCUAGGCGUGGCUAGUGAUUUUUUGGAUGCUAUACACGACCACCUGAAUAAUUCCGCAAUGGAACGUAUAACGUGGAUUAUUAUAUGGCUCAUUGUCGUCGCAUGCUUAGUGGAACUGGGCGAGGUGAUCGCGCGUCUUGUGGUCCAUGCCACCCUAAAUCCUUCCCAUCCUAUCCGAACUCUCUCGCGCGACGAGGCCUUGCGAACCCUGGAACGUAUGAUGGUGCAGUCCUGA